AAGCUUGAUCUCGCGUUCGCGCGGGAAAUUGAGUGCCUUGUAAGGUUAUCCGCAUACGCGGGGAUUGAUCCUUUGCGCGUGUUUGGAAGGAUCAGAAACAGAAUACAAGGUGAUCAUCGUCAACGAUGUCGAGUCCUAUGAGACCACCGAGGACUCCUGUUCCGCAGGAUGAUAAUCGGUCGCCGAACAGUACCCCAAGGCGGCAGCAACGAACCCCGACGUCUGUCAGGACACCCUCGGUCGCCGGAACGCCUAGCGUCGCGGGCUCUGGUAGACAAGGUACACCUCAGAGGAGAUCGGGCAACAAUCCAGUGGACACUCCGUUACGAUGGGGCAACCGUCAAACACAGGAAACUAUCGCACCAUCGUCGGAAGGUUUGUCUUCUGUACCAUUGUCUUCUCCGAUUCAACAAGCACAGACAAGCCCUCUUGCUGCUGGUAUGAGUGAGAUAGAGUUGUCUUCUCCAUUGAAUUAUGGAACUCCCAGCUCACUGGCAUCGAUUCGUACGCCUCGUAGUGGUGUCAGAGGUACGCCUAUGCGACAGAGACCAGAUGUCCAGUCUGACAGACGUGUACGGCAAAUUAAUCUAGCCGAAAUACCAGAAAAUGAUGAGAGAACAUCCGAGACCGAGAAUGGCCCACAAUUGACAAUUUGGGGUACUGACGUUGUAGUUGAUCAGAUCAAGCGACAAUUUAGACGAUUUGUUCUGUUCUUUAUCGAUCCGGAAGCUGAGAAUGAUGAAUUGCCUGAAAAUAUGAAUCUGUCCGAACCACUUUACUUGCAAAAGCUCGAGGAGAUACAUAUAUUAGAAGAACCUUACUUGAACGUGAACUGUGCUCAUCUCAAGGCAUUUGACGCCCAACUUUAUGAUCAGUUGGUGAUAUAUCCUCAAGAGGUUAUACCAGCAUUCGAUUUGACCGCGAAUGAGAUAUUCUUUGAAAAAUUUCCUGGGGCGGCCUUGGAACAUUCGAUUCAAGUACGUCCCUUCAAUGUUACAAGGACCACGAGUAUGCGUCUUCUGAAUCCAGAGGACAUAGAUCGAUUGAUCACGGUUACUGGAAUGGUCAUUAGAUCGUCAAACAUCCUACCAGAGAUGCGAGAGGCGUUCUUUAAAUGCAUUGUAUGCUCUUUUACGACAACUGUGGUCCUCGAUCGGGGUCACGUAGCUGAGCCUACAGUAUGCACUCACUGCAACAAUAAUUAUUGCUUCAAUUUAGUUCACAAUCGUAGUCAUUUCACUGACAAACAAAUGAUCAAGCUACAGGAAUCACCGGAUGAUAUGCCAGCUGGUCAAACUCCUCAUACAGUAGUGCUUUUCGCACAUCAUAAUCUGGUUGAUGCUGUCUCACCAGGUGAUAGAGUUUCUGUCACAGGUAUAUAUCGCGCGUUGCCGAUACGCGUUAAUCCCCGACAGUCCAAUGUACGAGCUAUCUACAGGACACACAUUGACGUUGUCCACUUCAGAAAACAAGAUUCAAAACGACUAUAUGAGCAAGAAGAUGGCAAGAAUCACGCGUUUCCACCAGAAAGAAUAGAAUUAUUGAAACUGCUGUCGCAAAAGGAAGACAUAUAUGAACGAUUGGCGCGGCACAUUGCUCCUAGCAUUUAUGAGAAUGAAGACGUCAAGAAAGGAAUAUUGUUGCAGUUGUUCGGCGGCACGAAGAAAGAACAGAGCGAGCGAACUAAGAAACAUUUUCGGUCUGAAAUUAAUAUACUUCUUUGCGGAGACCCGGGUACGAGUAAAUCACAGCUAUUACAAUUUGUCUUCAAUCUGGUACCGCGCUCACAAUAUAGCAGCGGAAAGGGUUCUAGCGCUGUUGGUUUAACCGCCUUUGUAACGAAAGAUCCUGAAACCCGUCAGUUAGUAUUGCAAACUGGCGCUUUGGUGCUCGCGGAUAAUGGUAUUUGUUGCAUUGACGAAUUCGACAAAAUGAACGAUAGCACGCGCUCGGUGCUGCACGAAGUUAUGGAACAGCAAACCUUGAGUAUUGCGAAAGCGGGUAUUAUUUGUCAAUUGAACGCGAGAACUAGUAUUCUAGCAGCUGCCAAUCCUUGCGAAUCACAGUGGAAUAAAAAUAAGACGGUGAUAGAAAAUGUCAUGUUACCGCACACAUUGAUGUCACGUUUCGACUUAAUUUUCCUCAUGCUGGACCCUCAGGAUGAGGUAUUUGAUAGAAAACUUGCCAGGCAUUUGGUAUCGUUAUAUUAUAAAUCCGAUAUGGAAGAAGAGGACGAUAUUGUAGAUAUGAGCAUCCUGCGUGAUUACAUAGCUUAUGCCAAAGAACACAUUCAUCCUGUUCUCAACGAAGAGAGUCAACAGAGAUUGAUUCAAGCCUAUGUCGAUAUGCGCAGAGUAGGAAGUGGUCACGGACAAAUUACGGCUUAUCCGAGGCAAUUAGAAUCACUGAUAAGACUCGCCGAGGCACAUGCUAAAAUGCGAUUCAGUAAUGUGGUAGAAAUCACAGAUGUCGAGGAAGCUUGGAGAUUACAUCGUGAGGCAUUGAAACAAUCCGCCAUUGAUCCACUAAGUGGUAAAAUCGAUAUUAGUAUCUUGACAACUGGUAUGUCGUUAGCGGCGAGGAAGCGUAGACAGGAAUUAGUUGAAGCAUUGAAGAAACUCAUCAAGGGCAAGGAUAAGGCACCGACAUUAAAUUAUCAGAAAAUUUUCACAGAACUGAAAGAAUCGUCCAGCACGUUGGUGACGCGCGAAAUGUUUGAAGAUGCUCUGAAAGAGUUGCAGGAUGAUGGUAUCGUGAUUGUAACUGGUAAAAAUACCAUUCGCAUUUGUUAAAGAUGUUUACGUUUGCAUCCUUUGUGUCACAUCCUUUAGAAUAGUAAUAUAAAAAUAUUAUGCAAAUAUAAUCAGUACUCAUCGUUUCUAUGAGUCUUAUAAGAAAAAUUGCUAAGAUAUUUUUAUAUUGAAAUUUUUUUAUAUUUUGAGAUUUAUUAAUAACAAAUAUUUAAUAAUCGACAAUAAUGAAGAAUUAUGAUUUAUGGCCUAUGCGGUUAUGAAUGUUUUUUAACUUUGAACUGCUCUUCAAAUUGCAAUUGUUGCCUUUGAUUAAAUAACAAACAAUAUAUUCUUGAGAUUCUUGCUU